AUGUUGGGCAUUGUCGUUGCACUCAUCGUGGACCUGAAACACGACUCUAUGCAGGUCGUCGGAGCCGCUGUUACCAUGGUCCAGUUGGGAAAGGGGAAUUUGAGGGUCCAUAUGCCUUGCUGUCGUGGAGGUAGUGCAAGCCCUGUGCAAGUGGCAGCAAUGAAUGUUGACCCCGAGGCCGAUCAAUGCUUGGCGGACGAGACAACGCCCUUUGACCCUCCAACAAAGUUGGAAGUACACUCUUUAAAGAACGGAGGGAGUACUGCACAAUGGCAAAAAGGUUAUUGCAAGUGGCUGGAGAAUAUUGUGGAGGACGGCAAGCCGAAGUUCCAAAGAGAGGUGCAUGUCAUUGGGCGGACGAGCCACCAUAACCUGGUUCGCCUCAUUGACUUCUUCCACGAGGGCGCGAAUCGCCUCCUCGUCUACGAGUUAAUGAUCGAAGGCUUUGUGAAAGACCUGCUUUUCAAGGGCGGCGCCUCCUGCGCACCAGUGUUGCCCGACCGCCUAGGCGUCGCGCUCGACGUGGCGCGGGGCCUGCACUACCUCCAUGACAGCGACAAGUGUGUAACAAGCGGCGGCGAGGCAGGUGCCGUAUCAAGGCACUUAACGACAUGCACUUCGAGGCAGUGGAGGCGUAGCGGCUUCUGA